AUGAGGUAUGAUAAACUGCAUCUGGCCAAUCAGCCACAGCUUGCAUAUUUCUCACACCCCAGUCCCUCCGCAUCCGCUUACCUGCCUGGACGACACCCAGCUUGUUCCCCAGCCAUUCAGGAAAACGCGCUGAAGCUGCAAAAGGAAUCACCAGGUAUUCUUUCUAUAGUUUUGGUGGCCAUUGCGAGCCCUCAGUUGACUAUAGCAUUCCGGGAAAUUAUCCUGAGGUAUGAAAUACCCGAGGAGUUGGACCGCAGAAAUGCAAUCAUCCAGCUCAUCAGGUGGGACCACAUCUUGGAUCUAUUUCAAGACUGUGGUGGCUCUGAAACCCGAUCCACUAUGGACUACGUGAUCAUCACAUCCGCCAAUUUUGUAUCUCGACCGCGGAACCUUGGGAAUCCAGGCCAUACUGAUAACGCAAAUGUAUCUCUGGCGAUACUGAAGGAGAUAUUUCCCGAUCUGCGGCCCAAUGCUGAAGAGUAUGAGAAGAAGUGA